AUGAUGAUGGUGCCAACUCUCGGAAACUAUAGAUCACUCGCUACAACUUAUCUAAGCUUUGAAAACUUUGCAGAGGCCAUAAAAAGUCGAUCUAAGGCAAGGAUCGCGAUGUUUCUACUACGUUACGCUCUUGUUAUCGCAGCGUUUAUGGGAUUGUCAUUCUUGUUGUUUCCAAAGCCCGUUGCCCUUUUUUGGUUGAGCGUUGUGGCGACCAUUAGACAUCAAGUGGCCCCAAGAAAAUUCCACGAGGCCAACGCCCUUGAUCCAUACGAGUUAUUAUCGUACUAUUACGAUCUGAUUCAAUUCCAGCAACUAUCGCAUGAUGAAAAAUGCUCGAAAUAUUUCUCAGAAAUCUUCCCUAAAUCACACUGGAAGUUUAGCACUUACGAUAACGAUAUCUUUUGGUUGGAUGCCCUCAGAGAUAAGUACGAAGUGAUCAGAGAUCGUGAAAGAAAUGACUGUGAACAGCUUGGAAAAACUUUUUGCGAAACUUGGUUCAAGUAUGAGUGGGAUGAAAAAACUCAGAAUAACUUGGAUUUCGAAACAGAGAUCUUGAGAUCGAUUCCUCAUUACAAGAUUUUCAACAAGUGUUUUUUGGAUGAAGUGAGAAAAGAAGAUGAAUUGACCGAUAAGACUUUACAAUUGUCUACAAAUAUCGAAGAACAAUUAUUCCCAUGGUUCACCAAAAACAUCAUUGAUUACAAAAACUACGAAACCAAUGCUGGUUUCCAAGAUGUCUUCAAGAAGAGAACUUUCAACUCCUACGUGAAAAAUAUGAAACACAGUUUUACUGGCAAAGGUAUUGCAAUUUCUGCUAGCAAUAACCACUUCAGAUUAUUGUCGGGGUUGAUUGCGUUGUUGAGAGUCCAAGGUAACACUUUACCAAUCGAAAUUAUUUACAGAGAUGAUUUGUCAAUUUGGAAUCAAGAAGAUUUGAUGGAAAUUGCUACUACCGACGAGUUAUUGGACAGUAAUGAAAAAUUGAUGAAAUUAUUCGAUGAAAUCAUUAAAGAUAACAGUGAAGAUUUCAAGCAAGUUAGACAAAUGGUGUACAACUAUAAAAAGUUUUAUGAUCCAGAUAGCGGAGAGAAAUUAUCUUCCAAAGUGGUGAGAUUCCCAAAACAAGAUAUCAGAUUUGUUAACGCUAAACUGGCAAUUAAAGACGAAUAUCAAGACUUGUUCCAAGCCUAUUCUAACAAGUUGAUUGCGUUUUAUUUUUCAUCGUUCAAAGAAGUCAUUUUGAUGGAUAGUGACACGGUUCCAUUAAUCAACCCUGAAUUCUUUUUCAGCGAUGAGAAAUAUUUGAGUAAAAAAGCGUUCUUCUUUAGAGAUCGUGAAAUCCAUGAAAAUUUCCCUCAACAAACCACCAAUUUCUUCAAGAACUUAUUGCCAAACAAGUAUGAUCACGAAUUUUUUAACUUGACCAUGAUUUCUGAAGAACAUAUGGUCAACAAUAGAUUUUUGAAUAGAAGUUUGAAUCACUUGAUGGAAUCUGGUAUUGUGGUCAUUGAUAAAUUCCAGCAUUAUAACGGGGUAUUACUUACUAUGGCCCUUCAAUCUUGGAAACCAAUUUCUCAACCAAUUCACGGGGAAAAGGAGUUGUACUGGCUUGCCCAAUUGGUGGCUUCUGACGAGGAUUUUGAAUUCAAUAAUAACUAUGCGAUUUCUUUAGGUAAAGUGACUCCUAAAUUCAAGAACGUUGUUGAAAAAGAACAAGCUGAUGAAGAUGGCAAUUACGGUACCCAAGCCAAUGAAUUAUGCUCUACCCAUCCUGGACAUAUCUCGGACGACGACAAAACAUUGUAUUGGAUGAAUUCUGGGUUUGAAUUUUGUAAAAAAGAUAAUCGUUUCGAAUUGGAUUUACCAAUUGACUUGAAUUAUUAUGGAUUUUUUGACCCAGACAAUCUCUCAAAGUAUGAAAAGAUGGAUGAUUUCUAUAAAGAUGCUUUGAGAAUCAAUGCUGCGUUGAUUCCACCAUCGACAGAUUAUGAAUACAACAACACCAAGCCUUGGUUUGAACCAAAAAGAAGUUGGGUGAUGACUCAAAAAUGUGAAGGAUACCUUUGGUGUGCCUACGAUUUGAUUGGGGGUGGUGAAUACAAAGGUGAUCAAUACCGAGGUAAAGUGGUGAAUUUUGACUCUAACAUUGAAAGAAUCUAUGACUUUUACGGUGAUUUGUGGAUGUAUUAUUACAAUCUACUUUACUGA